UACACAGGGAUGAAUCAAAUUUCAGAUCAGUGUAAUGGUGAUAUUCAGUUCAACUGAUCUUUUAUAUUUCCGUGACUUAAAACAAGAAAAAGAUUAAUCAGCACUGUUGAUGUGACAUGAUGGAAUAAAUGCGCAGGCGGUGAGAUUUGUGGAUGAACCAUCCAUCCGCACAGCGCGUGUUUGCGCACAGGCUGCGCACCGACCUCGUCUCCGUGAACCCCGAGGAGGAGCGGAGAGGAGCGGAGAGCAGCUGGUCUGCGACAUGGCGAAAGAAGGAGCAGACAUGACGGAGGAAACCGAGUUCAUGAUCGACCGACACGUGGGGAGAGACGCUGAGAUCGUGGCGGAACCGUGCGGCGACGCCAAGGAGAUGCGAGCGGUGGUCCUGGCGGGGUUCGGAGGUCUCAACAAACUCAGGGUGAGCAGGAAGCCGAUGCCCGAGCCCCAGGAGGGUGAAGUGAAGAUCCGCGUCAAAGCAUGUGGCUUGAAUUUCCUGGAUCUGAUCGUUCGUCAGGGGACAAUAGAUAAUCCCCCAAAACCUCCCCUUGUCCCUGGGUUCGAAUGCUCUGGAAUCGUGGAGUCGGUGGGUGAAAACACAAAGGGAUUUGAGAUCGGCGACAGAGUCAUGGCUUUUGUGAACUACAACGCCUGGGCAGAGGUGGUGUGCACACCAGUGGACUUUGUCUACAAGAUGCCAGACGACAUGAGUUUUGCUGAGGCUGCAGCGUUCGCCCUGAACUUCAUGGCCGCCUAUAUGAUGCUCUUUGAGGUCGCCAAUCUGCGGGAGGGGAUGUCGGUGCUGGUGCACUCAGCAGGAGGUGGUGUAGGUCAAGCUGUGGCUCAGCUGUGCUCCACCGUUCCCAAUGUCACCGUGUUCGGGAUCGCCUCAUGUUUUAAACAUGCAGCCAUCCGAGACUCUGUGACUCACCUGUUUGACAGAAACGCUGAUUAUGUGCAAGAGGUCAAAAGAAUUUCUCCGGAGGGAGUCGACAUCUUGUUGGACUGUCUGUGUGGAGAGAACACAGGGAAAGGCCUGAGUCUGCUGAAGCCAAUGGGAACAUACAUCCUCUAUGGCGCGUCAAACAUGGUCACCGGGGAAACAAAGAGUUUCUUCAGCUUUGCAAAAUCAUGGUGGCAGGUGGAGAAGGUGAACCCCAUUAAAUUGUACGAGGAGAACAAAGUCAUAGCAGGAUUCUCGCUCCUCAAUCUCCUCUUCAAACAAGGCAGAUGUAGCCUCGUCAGAUCAGUGAUGGACAAACUCCUGCGUCUCUAUGAGCAGAAGAAGAUCAAGCCGGUCGUCGACUCCCUGUGGGCACUGGAGGAGGUAAAAGAAGCCAUGCAGAGAAUUCACGACAGAGGAAACAUUGGAAAACUCAUCCUGGAUAUGGAGAAGUCGCCCACUCCUCUGAUGGCCAGCGACAGCACAGAGACCAGUGAAGCAGGAGAGGAAGAGGAGGAGCCCGAGGGAGACAACGACAGCAAGGAGCGCAUGCCCUUCAUCCAUUAGAGCCAGCGAACCCCUCUGCAACGCGGAGAGUCACGACAGAGGAACACGACCACACACCAGUGUUGUACAGUAUGUGCUGUAUGCAUGAAUGUGCCGUGUGUAUGUAGAGUGUAUGUGUCUCUUGUCUGUUUACUAUAGUUUGUCAGUCGAAUGAAGAAUAAAAAACACGUUUGUCACCCAGGCAACAAGUACAAGAGCCAUUCUCAAAAUAGUAGUAUUAUAUUUUCAACUGUUAUUUUAAAUGACAGUACAUUUACUGUUCAUUUAAUCUGCCUGCAAUUUAUUUGAAUUAGCAACGGACUGAAGAAGCAUUUAAACCAGCUGACUAGCAUUUAACAUUAGUGUCUUUAAAAUUAGAUUUAGUAAAGCUCCCAAGUGUUGGCAUGUUUAAACAUUUCACAAGUAAUGAAAGCAUUUCGUUUACUUCUCACCUCUGUGACGACUACAACGGAGUAUUAGGGUCAUACUGAAGAAAACUAAAUCCAGAAUUAAGUUGUAAUAUUACAAGAGUAAUUGAGACGAAAAUAACAAUAUUAUGAGAGUAAAGAUGUAGUAUUACUAGAAUAAAGACGUAAUUGAGAAGAAAGUCAUAAUAUUGCAAGUAUAAAGACGUAAUUGAGAAAAAAAGUUGUAAUUUUACCACUUUGUAAAGUUUGAAUUAUCAUAUUAUUGCAACUUAUUCUCUUUAAUACGCCCUAAUACUCCCCCCAAUACCCUAAUACUUCAUACUGGAAAAUGAGAAUCAUUUUGACCCCAAUGAUUUGGUGCUUCUGACUAAGGGAGUGAAUCACCUUCUCUUGAGACAUGGGAUGAGUGAAGCAGGACAGAAAAUUCUUUAUGUUGAUGUCUGCAUGACGUUUUAUUCUUUGGUGCCAACCUUGUGAUAUUAUGGGAUCACCAGUGCCUUUGAGCUACAGAGGAGUGUUUUAAUACGCGACAUGCUUUCCUCAUGUGAAGUUCAUAUUGAACAAACUGACAAAAAGGUAUUUUUAACUCGAUUGUGGAAACAGAUUCAUACACUGAUAAAUAAUUCCUCACUUAGACUAUAUAUUCAGAACCUUUACUCAAAUACACAAUAUACUGAUCCAACCAGUGUUACAUAAAAAUCUGAUUUUCAUGACAUCAAAUGUAAAUUGUAUCAAAAUCUAUAUAAAUACAAGUGAAAGGAUUAUAAAUUCUGCAUUUCCUUAGGGAGGAUGAUGAUGAAGUCAGACUGCAGAUGAGUCGGCUUCAUCUGACCAAAGUUAUUUACUUGUGCCUCUUAACAAAAGUGCCAUAAAACUCCCAGGAUAAAUUAUUUUGACUACGAGCUGGUGUAUAAAGGCAUAGUGGUUUAGAUUUAAACAGUAUUUUGUAUUAACUUUAUUUAAAUAACAUUCCCUCUACACUGAAUCUGAAGGUUGUUACUGAAAUACAGGAGAAGAACAGCUGACAAGGAACAAACAGUUGCCAAACACUCGCUCCCAUAUAAUCAGGUGAUUGAUUUGUUUUUAUUUUUAAUUUGUUAAAGUACAAACAAAGUGCAAUGUAUAUCAUUUUCACUAUUUAUCCGGCUUUGCUUAUUCAGUAGGUUUUAUAUUUUAUAGCAUCCGAAUAGUUUAUCCCUUCACAGAGGAUAGAUCAAACAUUAUUUCUCACAUAGCAAAUCAGUAAAACAAGUCAAUGCUUUGUCGUCAUUGCAUUUUAAAGAAAUCAAAAUAACGAGCGAACACAUUAACUAACAGGACUAAACCCUGCAUGCUCUGAAGCUGAAUGAUAAACAAUGAAGAGACAGUGUUACUGGAUCUACUCAACUCACGACAUGAAUCAUGUUAGAAAUGAAUUUAAAUACAGACAAUGAUAUGUAAAAACUAGAAAAUACAUCUCAGUAUGAUGCCUUUAAUGUCAGGAGUGUGUGUGUGCGUGCGUGCAUGCACGUGUGUAAGUGAACGAGAGAAAACACAUGUUUUUUGAGUGUGUGUAUUCAGAUGACUUUGUAAAGAACAUGUUUAGGAUUGUAGUAUAUGCACAAACUUCCUUAUAAACUAUGGUUUACCUGUGGUCGUACAUUUUUUUUUGUUGUGUACUUUCUUUGAGUACAGCUCUGUUUACUUGAAUAAAUUUAUCUGCA